AUGGCGCUGCUGGAGGGCGUCGGGGACGAGGUGGCGGCGCUCUUCGGGGCGCUGCUGGCGGCGGCGCUGCUGGGGCUGGCCUGGCUCUCCACGCGCACCGCCCAGGGCGGGGGAGGAGGGGGCGGAGGGGCCGAGGGGGAGGCUGCCCCGCUCUACUUCCCGGGCCAGGAGCAGCUGGUGCGCCUCAUCUACCAGGGCCAGCUCCUGCGGGACGACGGGCAGACCCUGGCCGCCCUGCACCUGACCCACAACAGCGUCCUCCACUGCCACGUCGCCCAGCGCCGGGCCUCGCCGGGCCCCUCUUCGGGCCGCGCCGGAUCCCGCAGCCUCCCGGAGGCCGCCCGGAGGCCGGCCCUGAACGUGGGCGGCCUGAUGGUGCCGCUGAUGGUGCUGAUGCUGGGCGCCCUCUGGUACUUCCAGCUGCAGCACCGCCACGCCUUCACCGCCACGGCCACCACCUGCCUGGCCGGCCUCACCCUCCUCUUCAGCUUCGUGGCCUUCGCCGCCUACCGCAGAUGA